UUCCGCUGCUGCGCUGCUUUGCCUGCGUACUACAGUAUCUCAGCCUGCAGCUGUGGAGCAGAGCAGAGCAGAAUAGAGAAGACCAGAACAGAAUAGACGAGAGCAGAACAGAAUAGAUGAGACCAGAACAGAAUAGACGAGAGCAGACCAGAACAGAGCAGAGCAGAACAGGAUGAGCUACAGUUUUAAUACACUGAAGGAAAGAGGAGGAGGAACACGAGAACACCUCUACUGCUGCAGCCACAGCUCCAGCUUCACAGCGCCAGCUUCACAGCGCCAGCUUCACAGCACAAGCCACAGCUCCAGCUUCACAGCCUUUGUAUUGAGAAACAGUGGCGCAGGACCAGAGAAGGAGCAGUGAGCUACAACACAGCUAGAGACAUCUGUAUCAGCCAGCCAUUCAGGACCAGAGAAGGAGCACGUUUAUAGCAGCACACAGCCAAGAGAAACAUCUGUGACAAACCUGAAAGAAAAGGCUACUCUUGACUGCUUUUUGGACUACGGUGGACUACAGUGUCUGUGCCCUGGUAGGACUCAGUGAAUCACAGUCCUGGCUGGUAGAUGGAUUCAGUGAUUCAGCUGGUAGAUGUAUUCAGUGAUUCAGCUGGUAGAUGUAUUCAGUGAUUCAGCUGGUAGAUGUAUUCAGUGAUUCAGCUGGUAGAUGUAUUCAGUGAUUCAGCUGGUAGAUGGAUUCAGUGAUUCAGCUGGUAGAGGGAUUCAGUGAUUCAGCUGGUAGAUGGAUUCAGUGAUUCAGCUGGUAGAUGUAUUCAGUGAUUCAGCUGGUAGAUGGAUUCAGUGAUUCAGCUGGUAGAGGGAUUCAGUGAUUCAGCUGGUAGACAUAUUCAGUGAUUCAGCUGGUAGAUGGAUUCAGUGAUUCAGCUGGUAGAUGUAUUCAGUGAUUCAGCUGGUAGAUGGAUUCAGUGAUUCGGCUGGUAGAGGGAUUCAGUGAUUCAGCUGGUAGACAUAUUCAGUGAUUCAGCUGGUAGAUGGAUUCAGUGAUUCAGCUGGUAGAGGGAUUCAGUGAUUCAGCUGGUAGAUGGAUUCAGUGAUUCAGCUGGUAGAGGGAUUCAGUGAUUCAGCUGGUAGAGGGAUUCAGUGAUUCAGCUGGUGUGUCUGUAUGGAUGUGGGGAACUACAGCGUUGCCUAGCAGGAUCCUCGGAGUCAGACUUCGCCGGAGGAUUAACCUUCCAGACAUCAAGAAGAGAAAACAGGAAAGGGGAAUCGGUCUCACUCUGUCCCCUCAUCGUGACUACAACCCCUUUUCUAAGGUGAAGUUUUCAUCAACCUUUCGUAUUGACUGAAGAGGAAGAGACAGGAGAUAUGGAUUCCUACACAUCUAGCUAAUUCAUCUGAUGGUUUCAGUGUGGUAAUGAACUUUUUUGUUUGUUGCCUCAUGCGUUUAUUUUCCGUCCUCUCUUUCAUCAUCCCCAUCUUUAAUUUAGUAACAUAUUCUGUAAGUGUUACUGGGGCUGUACAAGUUAGCCAUGAAUCCUUAUAUUAAAGGCUAGGUAAGAGAUGUGUUCACACUGGUCAGAUUUGAAGAUUCAGCACAUACAUAAAGGAAUAGGACGAAAUAUCUCGACAAACGAUGGCUGUUUUUUGUUGUUGUAGUAUACUAAAAAGAAAUACAGAGAAAACACAAUGACACUCUGACAGUUCCUGAAGAAACAGUAGAUCACUAACAGCCCGUCAGGCUUGAGCCUUUAAGACACAAUGAAAGGAGACGGAGGGACAGUGGAGUGCGCCAACGGGUAAAGCAUCCACCAUUUGACCUCUGACACAUCAGGGAUACCUGACUGUCAACACAAUAUUUCAUUUAUGUGACGUUCUACAUGUUCCAUUUGCGUUGUUUACAUCCACACAGGUCCAGAAUAUAUAUAUAUAUAUAUAUAUAUAUAUACACUAUUAAAACGUCCAUAAGAGGAACAGAAGAAUGAGAUAGAAGUUGUAAGGCCUUGAUAGUAAGGUAAUAAAGACCAGAAUACAUCAUAGGUCUGUUCUCUUCCUCGUAACCACACGACAGACAGACAGACAGACAGACAGACAGACAGACAGACAGACAGACAGACAGACAGACAGACAGACAGACAGACAGACUGACAGACAGACAGAGCGUUAACAGUGGGUAGUGGCAGUGAGUAGGAGUGAGAUAAUAAUGACUCUCCCCAGGGGAGAUACAGUGGGUUGGGUAAUGUUCACAGAGUGCUAUUCCCUCUCUGGGGAGAAGCCUUCUGCUUUCAGCUUUGAUGAUGGAGGCUCGUCGUUGAGGAAAUUCACCAGGAGGAGCAGCUAUCUCUCUGGAAGUGAAUGCAAAGUAGUCGCUACUUAAUUAUCUAUACAUAUGGGUACACUAUAGUUUCUUCUGUGCUUUGUUUUACUACCCAGAGCCAGAGAAAUAUAUAAGAAAUGGAAAAUGUUAUUGUUAUAAAUUGAAAAAAUAUUCCCUGAGGAGAACAGUGAGAUUUAAUGUAUUUUGCUUUUGUGAUCUGUUACAGUAGAAUAUAUGAUCAAAUAAAACACAAGCAUUUUCAUUCCUCUUUUCUCCCAUCUCAAUCCGUACAUUUUAUUUAGCAACAUUUUACACCAAAAUAAAAUCUCUUCUCAUGCCUAAACUCAAAUACACAUGAACACGUGUGGAAGUUGGCAAGUUCUUGUUUUUUGCCUUGAAAAUCCCAGAGGCUGAACGAAAAGCUCAGAGGCUGAAUGAAAAUCUCAGAGGCUGAAUGAAAAGCUCAGAGGCUGAAUGAAAAUCUCAGAGGCUGAACGAAAAGCUCAGAGGCUGAAGGAAAAGCUCAGAGGCUGAAUGAAAAUCUCAGAGGUUGAACGAAAAUCUCAGAGGCUGAACGAAAAUCUCAGAGGCUGAACGAAAAGCUCAGAGGCUGAACGAAAAGCUCAGAGGCUGAAUGAAAAUCUCAGAGGCUGAACGAAAAGCUCAGAGGCUGAAUGAAAAUCUCAGAGGCUGAACGAAAAGCUCAGAGGCUGAACGAAAAUCUCAGAGGCUGAACGAAAAGCUCAGAGGCUGAACGAAAAGCUCAGAGGCUGAACGAAAAUCUCAGAGGCUGAACGAAAAGCUCAGAAGCUGAACGAAAAGCUCAGAAGCUGAACGAAAAUCUCAGAAGCUGAACUAAAAUCUCAGAAGCUGAACGAAAAGCUGAGAGAAAUAGAAACACAUGUAGUUAGCUUCAUUGGUACUUUGCUAAACAUGUCUUUCUUUGAGGAGGGAUUCUUUUGAAAUAUCCACAAAUGAAUAGGUGAUGGACAUGAUUGUCUCACCAUUUCCCAUCUCUGAGAGAGAUCCUCAUCACUGAAGCGUCAUUGAACUAAAGAGGACACAGUGUCUGAGGCUUGAGGACAGUCGAGUCAGCUCUGUGCUGGCCACACGACUUUACCACAGUGGAUCUAGGGUAUCCUCAUCACAUAAAAAAAACUAACCUACGGAGUCUGUGCAGAGGACACACAACACGGUGAUUGAGACCCGAAAACAUCAGAGCUAGGAGGACAAGAUUCAGGACCGGAGUCGGGACCAGAGUCAGGACCAGAUCCAGAGUCAGGACCAUAUCCAGGACCAGAUCCAGAACCGGAGUCAGGACCAGAUCCAGGACUAGAGUCAGAACCAGAGUCAGAACCAGACCCAGGACUAGAGUCAGAACCAGAUUCAGGACUAUAGUCAGAACCAGACCCAGGACCAUAUCCAGGACCAGAUCCAGAACCGGAGUCAGGACCAGAUCCAGGACCAGAGUCGGGACCAGAUCCAGAACCGGAGUCAGGACCAGAUCCAGGACCGGAGUCAGGACCAGAUCCAGGACCAGAGCCAAAAACAGAUCCAGUACCGCAGUCGGGACCAGAUCCAGAACCGGAGUCAGGACCAGAUCCAGGACCGGAGUCAGGACCAGAUCCAGGACCAGAGCCAAAAACAGAUCCAGUACCGCAGUCGGGACCAGAUCCAGGACCAGAGUCGGGACCAAAGUCAGGAUGGGGUGUAACAUGUGUGUGGUGAACCGGCCGGAGCAACAGUACAAAGUUAUGUUCCAGAAGGGCUACAUAAACGGAACACUGAGACCUCUUGAUGGACAUUGCAACAAGGUCAAAGGAAGGAGACCAUCUCAGCUGCCCCAGGAGAGAAAUACUCCAAACUCCAACUCCCAGGAUCCUUUGCUGCUGCAGGUGGUGGGAUGUAGAGGCUACCGGAGUAAUGGUGGCACCUUGGGGCCAGGGGGUACCCUGGGUAAUGUAGGCACCACGGGGCUGGUGUCCAUCCCAGACUGUGUGGAUAACUGCACUCAGACUGACAUUAGCUUCCAGAAUAUUCUGACCGUGGGGAGGUCAACCCACCACCAACCCCAUGGCGGCUCCUCACCCACGCAACCACCACCCUCUCCUCCACUGCCUCACCUCAUGGACUCUUAUCUACUGAAUGAGUUCUGUACCUACGAUCACGAGUACAACGAUCCCAACGACUACUUUGACAUAGCUCACCACGAAGUGGACAGACAAGAGGAACUGGAGUACGAGGAGGUGGAGCUGUAUAAGUCCAGUCAACAGGACAAGCUGGGGUUGACAGUGUGUUACUGUACAGAUGAUGAGGAGGACCUGGGAAUAUAUGUAGGAGAGGUCAAUCCCAACAGUAUAGCAGCAAAGAACGGACGUAUCCGUGAGGGAGACAGAAUUCUGCAGAUAAAUGGUAUUGAUAUCCAGAACAGAGAAGAGGCGGUGGCCAUUUUGACCAGAGAGGACAGCAUCAACUUCUCACUGCUGCUGGCCAGACCCGACAUAGAGAACGAGCACCAGGGGAACCCAGAGGAGGUGGAUAUGGAGAUACCUCUCAGCAUGAAUGUUGAGGCCCUCCACACCUGCCACCUGCCCAGCCUCUACAGAGAGGGGCCACACAACCCCACCCACAUCCUUAGUCUGACUACUCUCAGUAACAGUCAGGAGCUGGACAGUGGCGUGGGCCGUACAGACGAAAGCACCCACAACGCUGAGUCCUCUGAACAUGACCUGCUGGGAGAGGACCAGGACCAGACCAGCGCCCCAAACACCAACACAACCAACACCCCAGGCAGCAUGAGGAAGUUCAGGCCUGGGAAUACACCCUCGUCCCCCUCGCCCCACCUCCAAGAGAGCCACCUCAGUAAUGACUCCCAGCCAAGGGUGGGGCUGUAUGGAGGAAAGGGACUGGGAGGGGGUUUGGGGACAGGGUUGGGGUUGGGGUUGGGGGGGUACGUACCCGACCCACUGAUGAUGAUGAUGAUGAUGCCGGGUCUGACUGAGGAAGAGUGCGAGAGGUACAGGGAGCUACUAGAGAUCCGGUGUCAGUUUGAAAGGAACAGGAAGCUUGCUGAGAGAAGCCAGGGAGGAAGAUCAGGGACUGAGGAGGAGGAGGAGGAGGAGGGUGAGAUGUGUGAGGGUGAAGGGGGGAGUGACCCAAAAGUCGAUGUAAACUGCAACGAGAGCAUGACGCAACACGAGAUGGCGUUGUUAGAGGAGGAACUACGUCAUCUAGAGUUUAAGUGCCGCAACAUCCUGAGAGUGCAGAAGAUGCAACAGCUGAGAGAACGAUGCAUGAAGGCGUGGCUUCUGGAGGAGGACGUUGUUGGCCGUGGAGCCCUACCCACUGGUUCUGAACCCGCACCCGACCACGACACAGACCCAGAGCCCGCCAACGAGCUCCACCGCAAGCUAUCGGACAUCAAUGAGCUCCCUGAGCGGGAGAGAUCCGACCCAGACCCAGACCAGGACAAAGACAGCACCAGCGCCUACAACACAGGGGGAGAGAGCUGCAGGACCACCCCUCUGGUCAGCACCGAGUUACUCCCUCUGUCUUUGUCCAUCCAGGAAGAGGGUAGAGGAGGGGACACUCCCAACAGACACAGCCGAGACGGGGCCGACAAGGUCGGGUCUCGGCGGGGAUGGGAGAAAGGAGGACAUGGUAGUCUGAAUGGUUCCUUCUCUCCCAACAGCUACAGGAAGUACCAGAUCCAAAUGACCAACGCCAGCACAAGCCCCGUCCAUCCAAAAUUCUGGUCUCUGACCCGGGGGGAUAACGUUGUCGGGGUGGGGUCAUCAUCGCAGAGGGGCAUAGCUGAUGGCGGAACAACCACAACACCCCCACGGAAGUCCCCCAGAGCUAACCCCACACACCACGACAGGUCAGGGGGUCCAACCGCAGAGUCCAGCCCAUACUUCACCCGGCGUCGCCAAGGCAACAAGCCUCCGGCACCGAAACCCUACCAGAGCUGCAUGCAGCUGCCGUCGAGCGACCCGGAGGUCCGGAUCGACUCCCUGGACUCUGUAGACCGAGCCGUGGUCCCGGGGAUGGGUCUAGGCGAGAGAGGGGCUGCAGCGGGCAGCAGUGGUCAGGCCAGUCCCAGGAGUGUUAGUGGUGCCCCAGCAGACAGCACCGAGGCCCAGGACAGCCACACCGGCCUCCCCCUACACCUCCCUCUGCAGCCGGGCCCGGCUUCACCUCACAUGGAGUGGAAGGUGAAGAUCCGUAGCGACGGGACGCGCUACGUUGCCAAGCGACCAGUGAGGGACCGCCUCCUUAAAGCCCGGGCCAUUAAGAUCAGAGAAGAGCGCAGCGGCAUGACGACGGACGACGACGCGGUCAGCGAGAUGAAGCAGGGACGUUAUUGGUCGAAGGAGGAGCGUAAACAACAGCUGCUGAGGGCCAGGGAGCACCGGCAGCGCCGUGAGUUCAUGAUGCAGAGCCGGCUGGACUACCUGAAGGGAGACAGAGACCUACAGGAGGGACCUGUGGACGGGAAGGCUACAGGAGGACCUCCAGGCCUGCAGGGGGAGACAGGUGGUAGUCCCAGUAUCCUGGCCCUCAGCCAGAAGAAGUUCAUGAAGAAGAGGAACAAGAGGAUCCUGGAUAACUGGGUCACCAUCCAGGAACUACUCGCUCAUGGAUCCAGGUCACCGGAUGGAAAGAAGGUGUAUAAUUCUCUUCUCUCUGUUACUACGGUGUGAUGGAGGGAUGGGAGGAGAAGAGGAGAGGAGAGGAGAGGAGAGGAGAGGAGAGGAGAGGAGAGGAGAGGAGAGGAGAGGAGAGGAGAGGAGAGGAGAAGGUCUACAACCCCCAGCUCUGUUACUACGGUGUGAUGGAGGGAUGGGAGAAGAGAGGAGAGGGAGAAGGAUGUAAAUAAAUCCAACCCAAGAGGAGAUGCAGGACAACAUACAUAAUAUGGACAGAGAGAGGAACAGCAUCGGCAGCUAAAUGGUAGAAUUGAAUGAGAAAUAACAUUGUUUAAAGAGGACGAAAGAAGACUGAGCGGGAAGAGAAAGGGAUUUACACUGUAAAUCAUGUACGCAUUGUAAACAUACUGUAGGUCAACAUGUGAUUCAUCCACAGGAAGUUAAUUCAUUACUAGAGAUGGAGAGAUAUGAAGAUGACUAUCGUGAUUUUUAUAGGAGACUUUAAGUCUUCCUGGAGAUAGUAUGGAAUAAACACUGUUUAUUCAGCUUAUAGAAAGUGUAAAGUGCAAAGCUUUCUGUUUUAAUUCAGUUUUGUUUUUAAAUGAAUCCCAGAAACCCAUUUUACUGAUGUAUGUACAGAGAAAACGGUGUGAAAUGAUAUUGUUUUAUUAGGAGAGGGAACCAAUGGAGAGAGGAAAUGAGGAGGAGAUGAGGAGGAGAUGAGCGAGAGGAGGAGAUCAGGAGAUGAGGAGGAGAGGAGGAGAUGAGCGAG